UAAACAGAAAAGGCUAUAAAACUCUGCCGUUCCUCUGCCACUGUAUUUUCAUUCACCUUUUUCUUGGAGAUUUGAGGACGUCUGUGGUCAUGUUUGUGUAUAAGGUGUGUGUGGGUUUGCUGGCCCUGCUGCUGCUCUGUUCUGCACAGGAGGACCCGCUUUCUCGUCUGUCAGUCGGAGAACGACUCGAGAGAGUGAACAGUAACGCCAUUCGUGGUGUAGGUGAACCUGAGCUGAUUGAAGGAGACAUUUCUGUUUUUGAUGAUAACGAUAGAAACGCUGAUCCCUGCACCUCCCGGGGUUGCAUGUGGCCAAAGUCGAGUGAUGGCAAAGUCUACGUACCCUAUGUAAUCGCCAAUCACUACUCCGAUCGUGAGCGGCAGCUUAUCCAGCAAGGCCUGGACUCUUUCUCCUCCAUCACCUGUAUCCGUUUUAUUCCACGCUCCAAUGAGAGAGAUUAUAUCAGCAUCGAGUCUCUGAAUGGAUGCUACUCUUACAUCGGACGCACCGGUAAUGCACAGACCUUGUCUCUGGCUCGUAGUGGCUGCAUCUACUAUGAUACUGUCCAGCACGAGCUUCUUCACGCUCUGGGUUUUAAUCACGAACAGACCCGCAGCGACCGAGACAGCUACAUCCGUGUGGCCUGGGUGAACAUUAUGGAGGGAAAGGAGCACAACUUUAACAAGAAGGAAACUCUGAACCAGGGAACAACUUACGACUACAACUCCGUCAUGCAAUACCACAAAACUGCUUUCUCUAAGAAUGGCCUGCCCACCAUGAUCCCCAUCCCUGACCCCAAUGUACCCUUCGGUACGGCCACUGAGAUGAGCCAAAACGACAUCAUCAGGAUCAACAGACUCUACCAGUGCUAAACUGUCUGCCGAGUGCUGAAGAUGGCCGUCUUUCAGGUGGCCUUGGGGUGGAUAAGUUUAGAGGAAUGAUGAUAAAUGCCUCUGAUGGUUGAGUUGACAGGUUUAAGCUUAACAAUAAAACAACUUCAGCUUCUAGA